GAUUUGUAUCUACAUCAAAAUGGAAAUAUUUGGCUUAACGCUGCGCUUAAUGUUCAUGAUGAUUUUUGAAUCUGUUCAAUCAAGGGUUUCACUAUUGCCUCAAUCAACAUCACCACCUCGAUCACCAUCACCACCACGGUUCAUGGGCGAAACCAUAGGUGGACCAAUUAUACAGAUGGAGCAUACUGAUGUAGUCUGCCGUGGUGAAAAUAUUCUUGCAAGAUAUGAUGCUUUCCAUGACAUGCUUGUAAAACUGAAUGCUGCAACUGGCCAUCCCGAACUCGUGGGCAGUGAUUACGUGACAAUACCGUUAACAGAUCUUGUACCUGGUGAUUUACUGGUAACCCCCCGUGGUUAUAUAUAUGGAGUUUAUGAGGUUCAUGGUGAGCAUGCCGGAUUUCGGCAACUACCUGAAGAUCAAUGGGAACAUUGGCGCCAAUAUCUGAGGCGAAGGUACCCGAAUCAUGCCUGA